GGGGCGGGCUCUGGGAGGUCCAAGGGGAGGAUGGAGCAGUGAGCGGGUCUAGGCGGCUGCCGGCAGCGCCAUGGAGACGGUGCAGCUGAGGAAUCCGCCGCGCCGGCAGCUGAAGAAGUUGGAUGAAGAUAGUCUCACCAAACAACCAGAAGAAGUGUUUGACGUCUUAGAGAAACUCGGAGAAGGGUCCUAUGGCAGCGUAUACAAAGCUAUUCAUAAGGAGACCGGUCAGAUUGUGGCUAUUAAGCAAGUGCCUGUGGAGUCAGACCUGCAGGAGAUCAUCAAAGAAAUCUCUAUAAUGCAGCAGUGUGACAGCCCACAUGUAGUCAAAUACUAUGGCAGCUAUUUUAAGAACACAGACUUGUGGAUUGUGAUGGAGUACUGUGGGGCCGGUUCUGUGUCUGAUAUCAUUCGAUUACGAAAUAAGACAUUAACAGAAGAUGAAAUAGCUACGAUAUUACAAUCAACACUUAAGGGACUGGAAUACCUUCAUUUUAUGAGAAAAAUACACCGAGAUAUCAAGGCUGGAAAUAUCUUGCUAAAUACAGAAGGACAUGCAAAACUUGCAGAUUUCGGGGUAGCAGGGCAACUUACAGAUACCAUGGCCAAGCGGAACACGGUCAUAGGGACACCGUUCUGGAUGGCUCCCGAAGUGAUUCAGGAAAUUGGGUACAACUGCGUGGCAGACAUCUGGUCACUGGGCAUCACUGCUAUAGAAAUGGCUGAAGGGAAGCCCCCGUACGCCGACAUCCAUCCGAUGAGGGCAAUCUUCAUGAUUCCUACCAACCCGCCUCCCACGUUCCGAAAGCCAGAGCUGUGGUCCGACGGCUUCAUGGACUUCGUGAAGCAGUGUCUUGUAAAGAGCCCUGAGCAGCGGGCCACGGCCACGCAGCUGCUGCAGCACCCGUUUGUCAAGAGCGCCAAAGGAGUGUCGAUCCUGCGGGACUUGAUUAACGAAGCCAUGGAUGUGAAACUGAAACGCCAGGAAGCCCAGCAGCGGGAGGUGGACCAGGAGGAUGAAGAAAACUCGGAGGAGGAUGAACUGGAUUCUGGCACGAUGGUCCGAGCAGCGGGUGACGAGAUGGGCACUGUCCGAGUAGCCAGCACCAUGAGCGACGGGGCCAAUACCAUGAUUGAGCACGAUGACACACUGGCGUCACAGCUGGGCACCAUGGUGAUCAACGCCGAGGAUGAGGAAGAGGAAGGGACGAUGAAAAGAAGGGAUGAGACCAUGCAGCCUGCAAAACCAUCUUUCCUUGAAUACUUUGAACAAAAAGAGAAGGAGAAUCAGAUCAACAGCUUUGGCAAGAGUGCCCCGGGCCCACUGAAGAACUCUUCAGACUGGAAAGUGCCCCAGGACGGAGACUAUGAGUUUCUUAAGAGCUGGACGGUGGAGGACCUUCGGAAGAGGCUCUUGGCCCUCGACCCCAUGAUGGAGCAGGAGAUCGAAGAGAUCCGGCAGAAGUACCAGUCGAAGCGGCAGCCCAUCCUGGACGCCAUUGAGGCCAAGAAGCGGCGGCAGCAGAACUUCUGAGCAGGGCCAGGCCAGGAGGGCCCAGGCCACAUGUUCUCUGGUGAGCACAGGACGGUCGCCACUAGAGCUCGCUGGCCACCACUUCCGCGCCCUUGUCUCCCCACAGCACCUUUGUGAACUCAGGAACAUGCGCCAGAGGGAAGGGCUGCCUGGGGCGUGGGUCUUACUUGGUCAGGUGAACCAACACAAAGGACUCCCGCUGGCGCUUUUACGCUCCGAGUUUUAAACCCCAGGAACAGAGGCUCCUGGUCGAGUGACAGCUGGAACAGUUUUACAUGGUCUGUUGUGCGUCUUCUCCCAAUAGCUUUCAAUUGUUCUUUCUGGAAGACUUUUUAGAAAACUAUAAAUAUGCCUUUGUAUAAAUUAUCGCUAGAUUCCCCACUCAGCGUGGUGGCAUCUCUGUACAGGUACAAUUUUCAACAGUUUGCCUCUUUUCUGUAAGAUUACGGUACUGUGGGACCCGAGGGCGGGGCCACCAGGCGCCCUCAGGGUCGCUUGCCUCCCGGGAACCAGCCUCACCCUCUGGCAGGGCUGCAUUUAAAAAUGAGGUUCAGGCCAGUUUUCCCCACGGUUUCAGCCUCGUGCAAGCCACCCCCGGCUUUGGGAGCUGGAGGGGACGUCCCAGGGAACGCCUCGGGGGUCACGGUGAUGUUUUGAGUCCCAGGAGAAGCCUGGCGCCCUCACUGAAAAUUGGCCUUUGCGGUUUCAGCGCCUUUUGUCCACCUUCACUCUCCCAACUGCCCAGAGCCGCAGCGCAGAUACUGCCCAGUGCCUUACAGGGGACGAGACCCCCCCAGCAAGGGGACAGGCCUUCAGGGAACCCUCAGCAAACACGGGGCCGGGUUCAGUCCGCAAAAGGGAGGGGGCUUUCCAGGUUCGCGCUGUUCCUGGGAAGGUCACACACAUGGCGUUUUGUGCCACAUUCCUUACAGGGUAGAGGGCAUUGACCGUGUGAUCUACAUUCAAAUGUGUGACUUUUUUUCUUUUAAUUUCUAUAGCUAAGGGGUCUGGAAAAGAUAGCGAAUGUCAGACUAAGAUUUGUUCUGGAGGAGCCUCAACCCAGACAUGUGGAAUGCCAGAGCUGGAAGGGACCCUAGAUGUCAUUUGAUGGAGGCUAGAGGUUGGGGGGGUGGCAGGGCCAAAGUCACAAAGCAAGGUGACACAGGAGCUAGGACUCACCUUGGGCUCCUCACCUGGUUCGCUGCCCACGCAGCCCCUUCUCCGAGGGAAGAAUCCUGUGUCCAUUUAGGUUCAGUUGUUCGGGGAAGCCUACCAAUGGGAACGGGCUCUUGCUCUGUCACUUCAGUGGGCGAGACUAUGAGGAGGUCCCGGGGGAGCCAGAUGGUCCCGGGUGAGCCAUUCCGUGGCCUCUGGACCGUCUGCUGGGUGGCAGCCAGGUCUCGUGCAGGCAGAUUUAGGGCCAAAAGCAGAGCAGAGGCUCGCAAAAGACAGCACUGAGCCCUUCUGCAGCGUCGGCUCAGGCCGCCUGUCAUUUAGUCACACAGCAAAGAGGAGACCCUUGGGAAAGGCAAAUGUAUGUUUAUUUUCAAAUACCUCUUCCUUUCAGGUAGGGGCUAGGCCUGGGCUGCACCUAAGGUUACUGCAGUUGGGCUCCAUAAUUACUUCUGCUCCCCAAAUCUGGGAAUCAAUGGAAAGUCAGGGAAUGUUCUUACGCGGCCAGAUUGUAUUCUCUGCAAUUAAAGCAAGUUUUAAAAAAUGCAAGAGGCAGCUGUCGGUCUGCAGGGCGUGGCCAGUAAAGCAGCUCCAAGGCAGACACAGAGAAGAGAGGACCAUGGGAGGUGCCCACUGGAGUGGCGAGUGGCCGCCUACGGUUUGCCGGGCGCAGGGCACAGGCGGCUCCUGCCGUCCGCCCCCAGUCCCACGUCCUCUGUGCAAGUCGAGUGCUUCGUCUCCAUUUCUUAGAUGAAGAAGCAGGUUCGGAGAGGGGCAGUGUUCUUGCCCAAGCAGCGCGGCUAAUAAGUGGUAGGAUGAGGGUGUGUAGGGACCCUCUGUGGGACCAGUAUUUACAGGAAAGUCUGUUUAAAAUGAAGUACCCUCCCCUUCUCACACAGGCUAAAUAACUCGUCCCGGGCAUUUUUCAGUAGGGAGACAGCUGAAUUAGUAGUCAAGUGUGGCAGCCAAGCGAGUUUGAAAAACUAGAUCAUGGAGCAGGCUCCCCCGACCCUGGAACACACACGCACGCACACACACACACACACACACACACACACACACACCACCUGCUGUGCUAAGGAACAGUCCUGCCUGGGUCUCUUUCCUUUUGAAAAAGGACUUCACACUUGGCCCAACAGGAAGGCAUUUUCUCCCGUCCUAAACUAGAUUAAGUGAAAGAAGUUUUCCAUUUUUCCCCAUAAAUAUUCCGGGAUUUCGAUCUGGGGAUGAUUUUGUUCCAGGCGUGGGCAUACCGGACACGCUGACCCAGCGGGGUACGUGGCUCUCCGGUCUGGCCGGACAGGGUCCUCUGCCAGAAACCAAGUUCUUUGUGAUCAGUUCCACUUCCUGAAAAGGCGUGUUUGUUUCCUACUGACAGGGUAAAUUUUUAUUCUUCUUUUUCCAUUGUCCCUUUUCCCAACCAUGGGUUUGGUGGAUGAAUGUUUGGCUGGCCAGGUAGACAGGCAGGCCGACUCUGCUCUGAAGCAACUUAAGAAAUACAGCCUUCGCUUCUUGAGACUAUACACUCCGAUCCAGGUAACAUUUAUUUAGCACCUAGCAUUUAAAACUCAAUAGCUCUUACCAAUAUCAGGAAUGAGAGAGGUCCUGAUAGAUCCUAUAGAUAUUAAAAGGCUCGUAUCAUGAACAACUUUAUGCUAAUCAAUUCAACAGGGUAGAUGAAAUGGACAAAGUAAUUGAAAGACACAAAGUACUACACUCAAGAAGAAACAGAUCCUCUGAGUUGCCCUGUAUCUUAGAACUUAAUAGCUCUGGGAGAUGGGGUGUCCUUGUCCCCUUUUACAGAAGAGGAAACAGGCUCGGGGAGCCGUUGCUCAAGGUGGUGACGGACCUGGAAUACGGCAGAGUGAGGACCCAGAGUCAGUUCUGCCUCCGACUGCAGCGCCCCGCCCCCCAGCCAACCACGUGGCCUCUAAAGAUCGCAGCUCCUCCUCCAGCGGGAAGUCCCCCUGCUGCCCGCAGCUGCCCACCGCAGCCUUCCUCGGCCGCCACGUCCGUGUUUGUCAUCUUUGGGACUCGUGUUCUUAACUUGUGUUUGGGGAAAAAUAAUUUCUUCCACCAGCUUGCACUGAGACCAACUUGGGGAAAAAAAAUGCUGUUGCAGGUGUACAACUUCAAAAUGUGAAUUUUGUAGCUUUACCUUUUUGUAACAAAAACUAAUAUAACACUGGCUUAAGUGCUGACUUGAAAUGCUGUUUUAUAGGGUUUGGAUGUACAUAAUCGCGAAGUCAGCAGUUUGUAUAUGGACAAGACAUCGCUUCCUUCAUUGCCCCCCCCCGUUUUGUUUUCUUUUUUUAUUUGAGAUGCUUCCUAGGUGCCUUUGUGUUGGAAUUGUUUCUCUCCUUCCUUCUUCUUAUGCCUUGUCACCUUUGUUUUAAAUAAACUGUCUUUCAGA